AAUCUCUCUCUCAGCUCCUUUGACUCCGGGUUCGAUGGAGCGGCCAGCAGUCACCUGGACAGCAGGAGCAGAAGAGAGCCGCUGCCUAGGAUUCUGGGAAAUGGAGACUCCGCUUUCAAGUCGAAACCUCUGCAUGGACAGAUUGACGAGGAGAACAUUGUGAGCGUGUCUGAUUCUGAAGACCAGCGUGAAGCGCUAGGGUUUAGUUUAAAGCGGGACUCCACUCGUGCCAGCAUUCAGAUCGUUCCCAAAAUUACCUCCGACUCUCUGAACCUUGAGAUCAAGGUGAAGCGCUCCGCUACGCUGCCCAAGAACCCCUGGCUGAGCCUCCCGAUAGAUGAUCUGGAGAGCUCUUAUACGGUCACCAUUACACCCAGCUCCUCCAGAGAGCCGAGGAGCCCCGGCCGGGCUCGAGAUCGGCCCUCUCCGACCGAGGAGCUGGGGUCCGCUCCGCACCAGAGUCAGCAGAGCUUCGAGGAGUCGGAGCUGGAUCCUGUGGGAAACGUUCUGUCCAGUACCUUAACAGAUAUCGAAGACAAGCCCAGCAGCGUGGUGGAUGGGGAUCCUUCUCUUCUCUGGGACACGUUUGAUCUUCACAAUCUCAGACAGGACUCUUACGAACGGUUGGACGUGUCUCUCGGUGACUGGGUUCAGAGAGAGCAACAAGAGCUGAGAGAGGUGGAGGAGACUUUAGACAGAGCAGCUGAGAUACUACAGGAGGAGGAGAAUGUGCUUGCACAGGAGGUGGUGCUGGAUGAGCUGUUGAGGUCAGAGGACUUGCACAAACACUGGCCCUUAUGGACUGAAGGACACCAGCUCGAUCCGAUGUCCCCAAGAGAGCUGGCUGAGUCUGGCGUGAUCGGAUUGGACGACAAUGUCCUUCAGAGUGACCUCACUUCCCCUGAAUCAGAGACGCUGAGAUCCUGUGAGGUUUGUGAAGAUGACUCGGACGCCUCAGGAUUAUCCGAUAAAAGUCCAUCCACACGUGAAGGGCCUGUGCAGCGGGACACGGGAUGCCCUGAGGAGCACCGAAGCGGGAUCCUUCGAGGGCUGAGAGACAUUCACGUUCUGGAGGAGCAAAUUAUUCAGGAGCGUGUGAAGCUGGAGGCACUGCGCUGCAGAGAGACGGAGAGUCUGGAGCCGACGGCAGAUCAGGUGAGGGAGAGGAGCGUGUUCCUGCAGCAGCUGGAGCAGGAGAGACGGCAGGUGGAGAAGAUGGAGAGAAGCCUGAGCAGAGAGAUGGAGAGAGCGGGCAAGGCCAAGAAGAGGCUGAGCAAAGGCCACAGGGUUGUGACGUGUUCGGUCAUGGAGAGGAACUCAAUGCUGAAAGAUCUGGACGAGCUGUUGAGGAGCUGUGGGCUCCAGUCGCUCCCAGACUCACACAAACCUCAGCGCACAGACGUUGAGAGAAACUACUCUGACUUGGUUUCAAACGCAGAGGCGUGCCCCAGUCCAGAUCCAGCUGGAGAUGCUGAUCUCUCAGACUCGAGUUUGACUUCUGAGCCUGCUUCCACCGCGAGCCUCGGACGUCUUGACUCUGAAUCCCUUCAGUCUGGUCACAGUGAGCCGGUUGCAUUGAGUGGUUUGUCUGAGACUGGAAAACUGGAAGUUAUCCCACCCAGAGCAAACGUGCAUCCUGAGCAUUCGGAGGAUGAAGAGUCUUCCUGCGACUGUCCAGACGGUGCAGCUCUGCUGGAGACGGGUGAAGCGUUCUCGACUCAGGACCGUGGUGAUGUGCGAGGUGCGUUUGAUCCUGGAGGCACCUCCGAUGGGAGCGUCGACCGCACUUGUCAACCAGAGGAGAGACGUCCAUCAGACUGUGAAGCACAGGUGGAAUCAGGGCUGUCAGUCGUUCCCUCGAAGCUCAUGCAGAACAACAACAACAACACCGCAUGGCUGUGCAGUGGACAGAGCCCAGGGCACUCCGAGGACUCCAGGUCUGUGGUCCGUGACGCUGGAGGAUCCACGAGAGCGGCCUGCGGAUCUACUCUCCAGCAGCUGCAGCUCCACGCAUCCAGCAGACAGAUGAGUGAUUAUAAGACGCCCAUCGUGCUGGACACAGGGUCCGGUCUGAUGAAGGCUGGGUUUGCAGACCAGGACCUUCCUACUACAGUGUUCCCCACCGUCAUCGGCCGUCCCAAAUAUGAGGAAGUAAUGAACGGCAGUGUGGAGCGAGAGCUGUAUGUGGGGCAUGAUGCGCAGCACAUGAGAGGAGUGCUAACCCUGAAGUAUCCCAUCAGAAACGGCAUUGUGAGCAACUGGGAUGAGAUGGAGAUGAUCUGGCAUCAUGCGUUCCAGCAGCUGUGUGUGUCUCCGGAGGAUCAUCCCGUGCUGCUGACCGAAGCUGCCAUGAACCCGCUGCAGAACCGCCAGCGCUCGGUGGAGCUGAUGUUUGAGGCCUUCAGCGUCCCGCUCGCCUUCGUGGCCCUGCAGGCCGUUCUGGCGCUCUACGCCUCGGGACGAACCACCGGGGUGGUGCUGGACUCUGGGGACGGCGUCAGUCACACGGUUCCUGUGUUCGAGGGUUACUGUCUGCCUCACGCCGUGCAGCGCUUUGAUCUGGCCGGAUCCCACGUCACCCUGCAGCUCCAGAAGCUGCUGCUGGAGCAGGGUGUGUGCAUGCAGACGUCUGCGGAGCUGGAGAUCGUGCGUGAGAUGAAGGAGAGGUGCUGCUGUGUGGCGCUGGAUUACGACGCAGAGCUGAAGAGCGCCUCAGAGGUGCACUACACACUUCCUGACGGGCGGAUCGUCUCUCUGGCCUCCGAACGCUUCCGGGCACCGGAGAUCCUCUUCAGGCCGGAGCUGAUCGGGCGAGAUCAUUAUGGGAUGCACGAGAGUGUCUUCAGAUCCAUCCUGCAGUCAGACAUCGACCUGCGGCGCAGUUUUGUGGGAAACGUCCUGCUGUCAGGCGGGAACACACUGCUGCCGGGGCUCCCUGCACGUCUGCGGCAGGAGAUGCGGCUCCUGUGUCCGGCGGAUCUGAGCGUGAGCGUCAGCAGCCCGAGCGAUCGAGACUUCUCCGUGUGGCGCGGCGGAGCGGCGCUGGCCAACAUGGCCGACCUCAGCAGCGCCUGGAUCAGCGCAGACGAGUACGAGGAGUUCGGCCCGCAGAUCGUCUUCAGGAAGUGCUUCUGAGCCGUCACCCAUCUUAAAACGCUUUUAACACUUUUAGACAGGGUUUUUGUUGUUUUUGGUGCUGUAGAGUGUAUUGAAGGUGCCAAGUGUUGAUGCGAGUCUUGUAGGACUCUUCCUGAGCAUGUUUUUAGUUCCCAAGAGAAAAAUGACCUUUCUGAGCUCUACAUGCAUACACUGGUUGUAUCAAUCAGAUUGUCUCUUUGCCAUUUUAAUUAUAAUCUAAUCAAUCAUGUCUAAUAUGUAAAUGUGAUCGUUAAAUAUAUCUAUGAGAUAUUAAUGUGACCUUUUCAGUGUUUUGAUGCUUUUCACGAGGCUCACAUUGCAGCUAUUACUUGCGUCUGUAUUUACAUCUGAAUCUGCUUCACUGUACUGGACGUGCUACGGAUCCUUCCCUCCAUCAUGUGUUUCUCAGCUGUUCCUCAGACACUGUGUGUGUGUGUGUGUCUGCUGUUUUGAUUUGCUGAGCAGGAUUGAUUUGAUUUGCAUAAAUCUCACUUCACAUCUUUUCAUUUGUAUCUUCACUUGGGUUUUGUUUCAUCUGAGGUGGUUCUGAGCUGCAUAUGGAUCCGUCAGCGGCUCGUCUGUUCAUCUCUGUGAGGUCUGCUCUCGUUUACGUGAUGUUCAUUAGCUGAUCCAAAUCCUGUUGUGUUCAGUUUAAACGAAGCGCUUGGUAUGUUGCUCAAUGUGAAUGCAGUGUGAACCCAGCUUGUGUUUAGCAUCUGUGUCUGUUAACUGGCUAAUGUCUGGACCUUUUUACAAUAAAUAUGAUUUCUAAACCAGA